CUCAACAGCCAUUAGAUAGCUAGUGGAGCGGCUGCCGACCUCUGCACACUUUGUCUGGUAUAAGCUCUUGGAAUGGAGCUCCCCAAACCCAAGACCAGCUUCUGGAUCCUUUUCUUUAUCGCUCAGAUGGAUAGACAUGUGGGCUACACAUGCAAAACUGCGAAGACCAAGACCACCAGGGUCAGUGCAGCUGUUGGCUCUCGUGUCCUUAUGCCAUGCGAGUUCAACAUUACCUCACUUCAAAAGGACCGUGUGACUGCCAAUUGGAUGUACAACACCACCCAAAAUGUGACACGACUCGUUACGAUCAGCACAAUGGACCCUCCGAUCUUCUGGAAUGGCAGUAAUGGCAGAGUACAGGUAUAUCCAUUGCUGUCAAGCCAGGGCAACUUCUCCGUGUUGCUCAGUGAAGCAGAGAAUGAUGACAAAGGGCUGUACGUGUGUGAGCUCAUGAAGGGGGCUGCGUGCACUUUGGGGAAGCAGGAAAUCCUCUUCAGCAUCACAACAGAGUUUGCUGUUUCAAGGCUCUUCUGGUAUUUUCUCAGCAGUGGAUGUGUGGCCUGUGGGAUCACCUUAGUCACUGCUGUUAUUGUCUGCCGACUGAAAAGAAAUAUGACAUGUCCUGGUAUCUCAAAAAUGGAGAGAACACCUGUUGACAAGCAAAUUUCAGGUGUUUUUCCUGGGCAUAGCAAUUCGUCACUGAAUGUCUCUUCUGCCAGUGAGCCAGACUAUGAGAAUGAAUUAGACAUCACAGAUUUCAACAUGGUCUGCCCUACAUACCUGGAGUACAGAAAACGAGAUAGUUAUGUGAAUCCAGUUUAUGUUAACAGUUAUAAAAACCUUGAAGAGACAUCAUUGUGAAUGAACUGGCUAUGAAAAGAGCUCAGAACAACAGUAACAUUUAUUUAUAUAACACAUUUGUAUACAAGUACAAAAAGUAUACCUCAAAGUGUUUUACAGGAAUCAGAAGAAAAAAAUUACAAUUAUAAAAAAGUACAUAUAUAAAUAAAUACGCCCUCACAUUGGUAUUAGGUAGCUUAAUAAGGAAUUAACAUACUGUAUUUUCUUAUUAAAAUACAAUUUUGUAUUGCAUAAA